AUGAUCGCUCCAGUGGUUUCUCGCCAAGGCUCCUUUCAAGAGAUGAAAGACAUAGAAGGCCCAUCCAUGAAUCCAGCUGAAAACCAAACUACUUUCUUUAACAACGAUACAGAUCGGGAUCCCCCAAUUCUGAUUCCCAAAGUCCCCAUCCGCGAAAAAGUAAUUCAAUUCCUCGACUCCUAUUUCAUGAUGGCUUUUAUGGGACUUUUAGCAAUUUACACCCUAUUCGGUGACGACAUUCGGUCUUCAUCCUUUCCCAAAUCGACUGACGAAACUUUCUUUGCAAUAGCCACCACUUGUUUUGCUAUUUUCAGCUUAGAGUUCCUGAUCUGCUGUAUCUGCAAGAAAGAUUACCCUUUUUCCUUUUAUUUUUGGCUGGAUUUAGUGUCUACACUAUCUUUAAUUCCAGACAUAGGCUGGAUGUGGGACCCUAUUAUAGGGGUAAAAGACGACGAUGAUUCGCAGCAUGAGUCCAUGUACAAGCAAGCUAACCAGCAGUCAAGUGUCGCUAAAAGUGCUACCAAAGUAUUGAGGAUUGUAAGACUUAUAAGAUUGAUCAGGAUUGUAAGACUCUAUAAAAACGCUUCAGCAGCUGUAGAAAAGCAUGAGUCAGACAGUGAAGAUGAAGAAGAAAUCAUAAUCCCUAAAGAGUCACAAGUAGGGAAGCAGCUCAAUGAUUUGACGAUAAAAAAAGUCAUCAUCAUUAUUUUGUGCCUGCUUUUUAUACUCCCUCUAUUUGACACUGAGAUGUGGACAACUAAACAGACUAGCUGGGAUUACGGCCUUCAAGAAAUAGAAAAAUUCAAAGAUGAGCCUGAAAACGUCUAUACAGUCAUUAGCAAAUAUAUUUCUUUUCAUGAAGAUGAUGAUAGACCUAUAAUUUAUUUCAUUCUUGUAAAUCCCCAGCUGAAAUUAUUUUACAGCUGGUCUACAACUACUGAAGUAAGCUCUUUAAGGUAUUAUGAAAAGCAUUUUGCGACUGGAGAUUUCUCAGUAGCAGUUUUUGACUUAAGAUAUGACACUAAAUUUGCAGCAGAGCUAAACAUUUAUCAGACACUUUUUAUAUGUAUUGUACUCACAUUAGGAAUUAUUUAUUUUUCUAAAGAUGCUGAUGUUCUGGUGAUAAAACCAAUUGAAAAAAUGGUCCAAAGGGUAUAUGCUAUUGCUAGAAACCCUAUUACAGCAGGCCACAAACGGCAUGAGUCAGCUUUUGACAUCAUAAUGAAACAAAAUAAAAGAUUUUUGUGCUUUAAAACUAAUGAAAGCGACGACAAAGCAAAAUUUGAAAUUGCGCUAUUAGAAGACACCAUUAUUAAGGUCGGCGUUUUAUUAGCACUUGGCUUUGGAGAGGCUGGAGGGGAUAUUAUUGCCUCCAAUAUGCAAAAAGAUAAAGAGCUGGAGCUUGUAAAAGGAAAUAAAAUAGUGGCAGUCUUUGGGUUUUGUGAUAUCAGGAACUUCACAGACUCUACUGAAGAGCUUCAAGAAUCUGUCAUGAUUUUUGUCAAUGAAAUCGCUAGAAUUGUCCAUACAAUGGUCGACACUUAUCAUGGAGCUGCUAAUAAAAAUAUUGGUGAUGCAUUUUUAUUGGUAUGAAAAUUUUCAGAAAAAGAUUUCUCAGUAGUUGAUGGCAAAAUCCAGCCUAACCCAGAGUCUUCAAAGGCAAAAUAUAUCCCUGAUUUAGCAUUAUUUUCAUUUUUGAAAAUUUUGGCGAAAAUUAAUAAAGACCCUGUUAUUCUUAAGUACAGGGAACAUACCAAACUGAAUUUGAGAAUGCCAAAUUAUGAAGUAAAAAUGGGUUUCGGACUGCAUAUAGGCUGGGCUAUUGAAGGAGCCAUUGGCAGCCAAUUUAAAAUUGAUGCAAGCUACUUAUCACCCCAUGUGAAUAUGGCAUCAAGAUUUGAAGCUGCCACAAAGCAAUAUGGAGUCCCACUACUUUUUAGUGGGACUCUAUAUGACUACCUCAGCCCAAAUGUGCAGACUUAUUGCAGACAUAUUGAUACUGUCACUGUAAAAGGAAGUAUUCUUCCUAUUAGAAUUUAUACAAGUGACUGCGAUUUUGCAGAGUUGACACCUUCAAAAGGAAGGGAAAGGACUAAGCAGCAGUCAAGGCAUAAACGAAGAAUUCUGGAAAGAAAAUUAGAAGGCGGGUCUAUGAAGUCUUAUGAGCUUUAUGAGCUUUCUAAAGAAAUCCAAUCAAUGAAAAAGCCGUUUACAAGGGAAUUUUAUGGAGCUUUUGGCGCUGGAAUGAAGGCAUACAUUGAAGGGCGGUGGAAUGACGCAAAAGAGAAGUUUGAAGAAUGCUUAAAAAUCAAGCCAAGAGAUGGUCCGUCAAUUACCUUACUCGGGGUUAUGUCAGAGUGUGAUUUUGAAGUCCCAAAUGAUUGGAAAGGUUUCAGAGUUUUAACUGAAAAAUAA